GAUAUUCUGGUCAGGUGCUCGAUUGCCUUCUGCUAAGAACCACAGUUAAUUGCCAUUUGUCAUACAAUUUAGGUGUGUCAAAUAAAUAAAUUAAUUAUUGUGAUUAAAAUAAAGUUAUCAUGACGAGAAAACGUUGUACGUUAAUUCUAACAUUUGUAGUUUGUAUUUUUUGUAAUAUAUUAACGGCAAAGUGUAAUACAUUAUCGGGUGAUACAGUACCUGUUUUAUUAUGGGGUAGCUCACCCGAAUUAAAUUCUCCUCCAACUGCAGUCAAUCCAUUAUUGAGAACUUCUCAAUCGGAAUUUACUCAAAUAUUAAACAGUAAAACGGAUAAUUCACAACCACCAGUUAUUGUUUUUGUGAAGGAUAGUUUGUGCGUUGAAGAUCUUACCCAGCAUAAAGAAGAUCUACGACAAGUUACCAACAGAAGUCUAUUGGCUUAUUUACCUGCUGUUGAAUCACCACUUUCUGUAUUCGAAGAUUUCUCUUCUUACAAUCAAAGCUACGAUGACAAUAUUGACACUAUAUCGGAUGGGCAAUUGGUUAUUAAACCAAUCAUAUCUUUGGAUAGUAUUUCUGAAUUAUAUAGAAACGUCAAAGAUUCUAGUCCUUAUUUAAUUGCUGCUCUUACUGGAAGAUCAUGCAGUUAUAGUCGUUCAGAACGUACUAAAAGAGCAAAUGUAGAUAAUAUUUCUGAUACAUCUAGAAAUAUCAGAGAUACCUACGCAAAUCCUGGAUUAAAGUGCAAUGAUAAUUGUACUGUUGGGAGUAAUAAUACAGAAUUUAUUGUCAGAGGAGAAAGAGUACUUUUAUACGGGAGCCAGUUGCCAUUCAUAAAGACCAAAGACAUGGAUUCAUUCAAAAAUCUUUCCACCCUAUCCAAUUGUUUAGAAUGUUACUCUCAAAACAAUAUUCAAUUAAAAUUAACAUUUAAGGAAACUGAUUCCAACAUGCCUAAUUUAGUUUUAAGAUUUGAUAUAGAAAAUGCAUCAUCUGGUUAUUAUUCUCUUCAAAAUAUAACUUUUAAUCCGAACGAUGCUAAAUCGAAUUCUGAGGUUUUAACUUCUAAAACAGAUAUGGCAUUUCCAUUUAAUUUCUCAUAUCAUUGUUCCAAUGCAAUUAUUUUUUCGGGAGAGAAUACUUCGGUCAAAUUGCCCGACAUUCAAUUACAAAUCGAUGCUACUAAAUUUAGCGAUGCUUAUGAUUGCGUCAAUUUUACUACUAUCCCAAUUUGGACUGGAAUAUUUGUUACCGUCAUAUUAGCUUCUAUCAUGAUUUGGGGACUUGCUAUGAUCAUUGAUAUUCGUACUAUGGACAGAUUUGAUGAUCCUAAAGGUAAAACUAUUACCAUAUCUGCCCAAGAAUAAAAUGAAAUAACUUAUCGAUGAUAUUUAAAUGUAUAAUAUAUAAAUUGUAAGUAAAAAUGUUAGGAUACAUAUAUAUAUAUAUAUAUAUAUAUACACAAAAACAAAACAAAAUAGUGUGUUAUAAUGUAUAGAAUGUUGUUACGUUAUUUCGACGAUAUGUAAUAUCUUUAUAUGCUAAACUUUGUUUAUGAAAUAAUUAUAUACAGACUGUGUUCCAUAUAUUUCUCUAGCAUUAGCAAAAUCAAAAUGUUUAACAAAAUUUAUCUUACAGAAAUCUGUAUACCAUUCCACUUGUAUAAUAUUAUAUCACCUAUAGUGUUUAUAUCUGUAACUAUAACGAAUAAUAAUAUUUGAAACAAUCUUAA